AUGACCUCCGCCAUGGAGUUCGAGCGGGUUGAAGCCCCGGUCACUGUGAAGGCGUAUCUGAUGUGCGCUUUCAGUGCCUUCGCUGGUAUCAUGUUCGGCUACGAUACUGGCUACAUCAGCUCCGUACUCGCCAUGGACCAGUUCAAAAAGGCCUACGGAGACCCAUUAACAGGCACUUACACUGUUUCCCAGAAGUCCCUUAUCGUCGCUAUACUGUCAUGCGGCACCUUCUUCGGGGCUUUACUGAGUGGCGCACUUGCCGACUGGUUUGGACGACGGACUAUGAUCAUCGUAGGCUGCUUCAUCUUCAUCGCCGGAGUCAUCGUGCAAACGACAACCAUCAGCAUAUCUGCGCUGGUCGUCGGGAGGCUGAUUGCUGGUCUGGGCGUCGGCUUCGUAACUGCGGUGAACAUAAUGUACAUGUCCGAGAUCGCGCCAAAGAACGUAAGAGGCUCGCUGGUCAGCUGCUACCAGUUUGCUGUCACGAUCGGGAUCAUGUUGGCCAGUUGUGUCGGCUACGCCACAUCGAGGCGAGAAGACACCGGUGCCUUCCGCAUUCCCAUCGCCAUUCAGUUCCUGUGGGCUACUGUACUGAUCUCUGGUCUAUCGCUCCUUCCCGAAUCGCCACGGUACUAUGUCAAGAAAGGGCAAUUAGCCAAUGCCAUGAAAGCACUGGCUCGCGUCCGCGGUCAAUCCUAUGAGUCCGAGUAUAUCCUUCACGAACUUGCGGAAAUCCAGGCCAAUUACGAAUACGAACAGUCGCUCGGCGAGGUCACCUGGCUCGGCUGCUUCAGCGGCGGUAUACUCAACAGUAACAGCAAUGCUCGGAAGAUCUUCAUCGGAGUUGCGCUGCAGGCUAUGCAACAGGCCACUGGUAUCAACUUCAUCUUCUACUACAACACGACGUUCUUCCAGCAAGUGGGCCUCGGGAAGAGGGCUUUCUUGGUGGCAAUGAUAACGACGAUCGUCAAUGUUGUAUCGACGCCAGUCUCAUUCUACACUAUCGAGCGAUUCGGUCGACGACGGCUGCUUAUCUAUGGUGGCAUUGCCAUGAGCAUUUGUGAGAUGACCAUUGCCGUUGUCGGCACGGUGCUACCACACUCAACAGCGGCGAAUUAUAGCAUGAUUACGCUCGUGUGUGUCUACAUCUUUUUCUUCGCCAGUACCUGGGGUCCUGUCGCCUGGGUGGUGAUCGGAGAGAUCUUCCAGCUGCCAAUCAGGUCGAAAGGGGUCGCGUUGUCAACUUCGAGUAAUUGGUUUUGGAACUGUAUCAUAGCCGUCAUCAUUCCAUACAUGGUAGAGGGCACAAGUGGCACAUCCGGACUCGGCGUCAAAGUCUUCUACAUCUGGGGAGCCCUAUGCUUCGCCUGCGCGAUCUUUGCCUACCUCGUAGUACCCGAGACCAAAGGCUUGACCCUCGAACAAGUCGAUAGGAUGAUGGAGGACGUGAGCGCCCGCCGUAGCGCUGGCUGGCUACCCCGAGAGAACUGGGCACGGGAUCUUGGCGAUAUGGGUCACAGCACAUCAGCAACGACGUCCGCCUCGAGAGCAUCACCCGAGUCGAUACCGAUGGAGACCAAAGCAUUUUCCUAG